AUGCCUCCAGCGUACACGGCGCAGCAGAAGGCUGCAAUCACCCAGUUCAUGAGCUUCACACAGAUGGACCGCACCGCUGCAGUACGAGUGCUCAAGAGCCACGGCUGGGACGCCCAGAACGCCGUCAAUGGCAUGUUCGGCGCCUCUGAAGACCGUGCCAGACAGCUCGCCGGCCGACAGCGCUGGAAGCGAAUAAGCUCUAGCGGUUCAAGCUCCAGUCAUCGAUCGGUCAGUUCCUUGAGCCAAGUAUCGCAUUGGGGGACAUCGUCUAUAUUCGAGCAGAACAUCCAGCGCCCUACGUCGAUUCCUGAACGGUACGCAUAUGCGGCCAACGGCACUCAAGACGGCUCGCACAACCCAGGAGGGGUACAGCAUACCUCACAGCAUGCUGCAUCGCCCGACGCCGAGGUGGCUCUGUCGCAGAUGACGAACAAUGACCAGCAUCCACCAACGCAGCAGCAGAGGAGACAAACCGAACACUUGAGCCAGGUGCUCUACAACGACACAGCCACUAGCAACGGACGUUACCCGUCCUCAAGUCAGUUCGUGCUUCCUACCCACAUAAAACAGCAUGGGUCCUUUGAGUCAAAAACUACCAUAUUUCAUCGGCUGCGCAACGCAAGUGCGCCAACACCGCAGACAUACACGGCGGGUCCCGAGUCGACUACAACGCCGGCGCACAACCUCACGAGCCGGUCCAUCUCUACGAGCGUAGCAGAAGCACAUCCGACUGUGUCGAUGCGAGGUGGUGCACUAUACGGACCCCACCUUAUCGCAACCCCCGUCUACACGACUGGCACGCACUGGAUUGCUACAGCCAAGAAUCAUCCCUGCUGGGAACUUCCAUACAACACUGGUCUCAUGUACAGAGUCUUUCUGGAUUCGCUGCCUCUAGCACAGGUCACCAAAUUCAUCUUCAUCUUUUGUGGCCGUGUAGACCGUGUGCGUGACCAGUUCGACUCGGCUCGACGUCUUUUUUUCUACCAUCUCGACUCCGCCGAUCAGCUGAACUUCAAGCGUAUGAUCAUAGAGCGAGCAAAGGAGCUGCUAGGAUUGUAUCUAAACAAACAACAAUACCCGCCCCACGAAUUGGUCAGACUCCAGACGACAUCAAAGCAGGGCGACGACUACCCACUUGCCUGCUUGCCGUAUCUGGUAGAAGCUACGCUGCCAACGGAGACCACUCAUACAACUUUUCCCGUUGAGAAAAUCACUCUGGAUAGUGAUUUGAUCAUGGAUCAUGCGACAGCGGUCCGAUACUACGGCGCCGGCGGCGGUGGUUCAAAUACAUCUGCUGCUACCAAGGCGACAUUGAACAAGCUCUUCGACAAGUACCGGGAGGACCCCACAGGGGAGCCUGACGCUAUUGGCGUUGAAGGCACGAUGAGUUACCUUCCGCAGCUCGAAGUUGAUCUCGAAGGCAUGGAGUCGCUCGCUGCACUCGAAAUCAUUCAAGCCCCUACCAUGGGCGAGAUUAGUCGAGACGGCUUCGUGAACGGCUGGCUAGAGCGAGACUGCGACACCAUCGAUAAGCAGAAGGCUUACAUCAAGAACCUCAAGACUCAGCUGCCUACAGAUAAGGCGGUCUUCACAAGGGUCUACAAGUACACAUUCUUCCUAGCUAAGACUGGGCAACAGAAGGCUGUAGCUCUUGAGUCGGCCAUCCUUUACUGGGACCUUCUCUUCGCUUCACCGCUUUCUGCAGUCAAGUGGUCGACCCCCAGCACCCCCUGGCUGGACUGGUGGAAGGAGUUUCUCAAUGCAUCCUGGAAGAAAAGCGUCAACAAGGACAUGUGGAACGAGACGUUGAAGUUCGCGCAGCUCACCCUCCAAGACGAGGCCAUCAGCUUCUGGAACGAGGAGUCUUCUUGGCCGUCUGUCAUCGAUGACUUUGUCGAGUGGGUCAAGAACGAGAAGCGGGGCGGCAGCGAGCAGAAGGCUGAGGAGAUGGAGUACUGA